GCUGCUACACAACAGUGCUUUACGUGUUGAUGGAAGAUUAUCUUCUCAAGAUGUUGCUGUAUCUACUUCUGAGUUUAACCUGUUCUCUCUUCGUAGGGGAAGCACACGGCCGAGUCACCUGGAAUCGAACCGACUUGACUCUGGCUUCGCAAGACUGCCCCGGAGGCUACACCCUCGUGGGCGACAAAUGCCUCAUGUUGGAGAUGGUCGCCUCUGUAACCCAUGACGACGCGAGGAAUCUCUGCCAUGAAGCCAAAGGGGAGCUGGUUGCCAUCACCACGGCCACGGACUUCAAGAAUUUAGUCGACUACAUCCACGCCAACGGAAUAUUCGGCUAUACUUUCUGGGUGGACGGACGAGACGAGGAAACAGAGGGCGUUUGGUUGACUGCGACAGGAGAAGCCGUGCCCUUAGGAACCCCCUUCUGGGCCGCCUUUGAUUAUCACCAGCAACCGGAUAACGCCCUCGGGAAUGAACACUGUCUAUCCAUUCCAUCGGAUUGGUUUCUCUAUAUGAAUGACGUCUCUUGUUCUGACACAAAACACUUCAUAUGUGAAGCCCCCGUUCAGACGCAGGGGGAGGCCGCAAGCGCAGCGCUGGCUCCCGUCGGCCCGUCGGCGGUGGGCGGCCGCGUCGAGUGCCUCAGCCCCUUCGUGGAGGUGGGAGACCUGUGCCUGUUGUUCAUCACGUGGGCGGAGGAGACCUGGGAUGUGGCUCAGCAGACGUGUGCGGGAGUCUCCAGCGAGCUCUUGGCCAUCACCGAUAUUGAAGUGUUGCGAACUGUGUACCUCUUCAUACAGUCAAAUGGUUUAGCUGGCAACACCUUCUGGCUUGGAGGAUCCGAUCUGGAGAGUGAAGGAACUUGGGUCUACACCACAGGGGAGCCUGUGCCCAUGGGCACCCCUUUCUGGGGUCUUACUGACAUGAGUGCACCGUCCCAGGAACCCAACGGAGGAACCGAUGAGAACUGCCUCGCGAUCGGUAAUUUUUACAAUUUCAGGGACUAUUCAUGUGGCUCAAAAUUCUUCCCACUGUGUCUCUACAGCGGAUGAGCAAAUGGCAUGGAAAGCGUACAAUAAAAAUGUUUAAAUAGUAAUAAUAAAAAUUUAGAUUAAAAAGAAGAAAAUCAUACUAACAUCAAGAGAAUAAAAAACGAAUAUGUAUAAGAAACUAAAUUUUACUUUUGUCUUGUAAGCUUUCUUUCAACAUAUUAGUGGUUAAUAAAGGAUUCAAUUAUA